AUGGCUAGUUUUCUCAGGGAUACCCCCCUAGGUCAACUAAUUCGACUAGUUUCAGGAGGCCGCCUUCUGAAAUACACAGAAGAUGGAAACGGGCUUGAAAUGUUGCGGAACAGGAGAUUGCAACAUGCAGAUCGGACUACUCAAGCUCCUGUCAACGCCGAAGCCGACCCUGAAGUCCUUGCAAAGAAAGGCACGAACGCCGAUGACCUCGUCCUAGUCGACUGGUACAGCCCGACAGAUCCUGAAAACCCGCGGAACUUCUCAACGGCGAAGAAACUAUGGACCAGCUUCAUCAUUUUUAUCUACACAUUUGUCGUCUACUGCACCUCGUCUAUCACAACACCGUCCUACGCGUACAUCGCGCCUCAGCACGGCCUCAAUGAGACCUCUGUCUCCUUGAUCCUCGCUCUAUACGUUCUCGGCUAUGCUUUAGGUCCCUUGCUGUUUGCCCCAUUGUCGGAAAUACCGUGGAUCGGUCGCAAUAUCCCAUACUGGGCCUCCUUCCUCCCUUUCCUCGCCUUCUCAAUAGCUCUCACACAAGUGCAAGAUCUCAACUUUGCCACCAUAUGCAUUCUACGCUUUCUUCAAGGCUACUUCGGGUCCCCGAUCCUUGCAACGGGUGCGGCUUCCUACGACGACAUUUUUGAUGAGUUUGAAUCACCAUACGGCUACAUGAUUUGGCUCGGUGCAAUGUACGCUGGUCCUGCGGUCGGUCCACUCCUAUCAGGCUACGCCGUCGUGAGGGACUUCAGAUGGCCAUACUGGGAGGUGGCGAUCAUGGCAGGCGGCCUGGUCCCACUGAUUCUUUUGCUGCCAGAGACGAGCGCGGAUUAUAUACUGCUUCAACGGGCAAAGCGCAUGAGAAAAUUCACAGGUGAACCAAAAUAUCGGGCUCCGUCAGAAAUCAAGAGAGUGCGCGUUGCGAAAGUGUUUAUAGACGCCCUCAUUAAACCGACAGAGAUCGCAAUGAAGGAUCCAGCUAUUGCCUUCGUCACCGUAUACGGCGGUGUCGUGUAUGCGACCUACUACUCGUAUUUCGAGGCCUUCCCACUCGUCUACCACGACAGGUAUGGCUUCUCUGCUGGUGCCAUAGGACUGAUAUUUCUCUCCGCAAUCAUUGGUGCCGGAAUCUGCGCCGUUAUCUAUGCUAUUUACCUCCAGCUCUACUUCACCCCCCGGGCUCUGCACAUCAACGCGGCCAUCCCGCAAGAACGAUGGCUGAUUCCCUCCAUGCCAUUCAGCGUGCUCUGCCCAGCAGGUCUGUUCCUCUUCGCCUGGACUGCUACGGCCACCUCGCACGAUGCCAACGGUAUUGAACAUCCGACAUUCCACUGGAUAGUCCCAACGAUCGGCAUAGCGCUCUUCUCCGGCGGCAGCUACGUCGUGUUCCAAUGCACAAUCAUCUACAUCUCCCUGUCCUACCGGAAAUACUUUGCCUCCUUGUCCGCGACGUACGACAUGUCGCGAGGAUCCUUGGCUGCUGGCGUGGUCAUGGGUAGUCGAGCAGUCUUUGUCAGUUGGGGUGUGGACAAGGGCGUAAGCGUCCUCGCCGGCGUCAGUGCCGCUGGGGUGCUGGGCAUGGCGUAUCUGUGGAGAUAUGGGGCGAUGCUGAGGUCGAGGAGUAGGUUUGCGGAGCGUUAG